AUGUGUCCCAAGUCAACCCCCCCCGACAUGGAACAUCAUGUUUCUGGUCAAUCCAACAAACCGCUGUCGCGCCCAGCGCAUGCUUUGCCAGCUGAUACAGUUAUCCAAGAGCUCAACACGACCCCGGCUACUGGCUUAAGUGCUUCUGAGGCAUCGCAACGACUUGCUGAGUAUGGACCCAAUGAUCUUGGCGAGGAAGAGGGUGUGAAGCCCAUCAAGAUCUUCAUUGAGCAGAUCUGCAAUUGCAUGACCUUGGUCCUCAUUCUAGCCCUCGCCGCAAGUUUCGGUAUACAAGCUUGGAUUGAAGGCGGUGCUCUCGCUCUAAUUAUCCUCCUCAACAUUGUCAUAGGUUUCUUCCAAGACCUACAAGCCGCUCGAACCGUCCACUCUCUCAAGUCUCUCAGUCUCCCAACGGCCAACGUAUUCCGUGAUGGGAAGACAAUCACGAUCCAAACAAGCGAAAUCGUACCGGGCGACAUAAUCGAUCUCAAGAUGGGCGACUCUGUACCAGCUGAUAUUCGUCUCUUUGAAGUUUCCAACUUCGAGUCAAACGAGGCAUUGCUCACUGGAGAGUCUCUGCCUGUGCGCAAGAAUCCUACGAUGCAGUUCGAUGAUGACACAGGACCGGGCGAUCGUCUCAACGUCUGCUACAGCUCUACUAUCGUUACCAAGGGUCGUGGUAGAGGUGUUGUAUUUGCUACUGGGGCUUAUACUGAGAUAGGCGCUAUCGCAGCUGCUCUGAAAGACACAGGACGAAAGAGACGGGAAGUCAAACGUGACGACAACGGCAAAGCAUCAUUUGUAUCGCAUCUUACCAAAUGGUUGCUCACAACGUAUGAUGUUAUUGGAGAAUUUUUGGGCAUUAACGUGGGAACUCCCCUCCAGAGGAAGCUAUCGCAGCUAUUCCUCUACGUCUUCGGCUUCGCAAUCGUCUGCGCCAUCAUUGUCCUCGCAGCCAACAAAUUCGACCCACGCAAAGAUGUUAUCAUCUACGCUGUUGCUACUGCCGUGGGAACACUACCUGUCUCUUUGAUCUUGGUCUUGACUAUUACUAUGGCUGCGGGAACGAAGCAGAUGGUGGGCCGUAAGGUUGUUGUGAGGAACAUGCAGAGUUUGGAAGCACUUGGAGGAGUCACCAACAUCUGCUCUGACAAGACAGGUACCCUAACCCAAGGCAAGAUGGUGGUCAGAAUGGCCUGGCUUCCAGGACACGGCACUUACUCAGUGGAAUCUACGAACGAACCCUACAACCCUCAAGUUGGAGGUAUUGAAUUCACUCCUGUACAGCCUACAGAUCUACCAGCACAAGACCAAGAAGCAAAGUCACACAGCAUCAACCCCCAUGAUGAGCCCGAUACCAACGAAGCACUCAAGCAUUACCUGGACAUCGCUUCCCUUGCCAAUCUCGCUGUCGUAGAGAAAGGACACAAGGACAAUGGUCCGGAAGAGUGGCUUGUACAAGGUGAUCCUACGGAAAUUGCUAUUCAAGUCUUUGUGACUCGCUUCAACUGGAACCGCAUGUCCUUAUCAUCAGGACCAAGCCCAAGAUGGAAACAGCUGGCUGAGUUCCCGUUCGACUCAGAGGUUAAGAAGAUGUCGGUGGUAUUCCAAAAUACUCUUUCUAAAGAAACGCAUAUCUUCACCAAGGGCGCAGUCGAGCGGGUUCUCGGUAGCUGUGUAUCUAUGGAAGAGUCUGGUAGAAUUGAGCCUCUCGACGAACCGGCAAAGGAAACCAUCUUGGCCAACAUGGAGGCAUUUGCACGUCUUGGUCUUCGAGUCCUCGCCCUUGCUAGUCGAUCCCCUGUCACUGGUCUCCCUGAAGAUCUCUCAUCAGCCAUCGACAGAUCUGAGUUUGAGAAGGACCUGGUAUUUCGCGGACUCAUCGGUAUCUAUGACCCCCCACGCCCUGAGACACGCGAAAGUGUGCAGAUGUGCCAGAAAGCUGGUAUCAGCGUGCACAUGCUAACCGGCGACCAUCCCGAAACCGCACGAGCCAUCGCCGCCGAAGUCGCUAUCAUCCCGUCCCCAGAACGAAUGCGAAUGGUCAGGAGGGAUAUUGCCGACACGAUGGUUAUGGCAGCUCAUGAUUUUGAUCAUCUUUCAGAUGCGGACCUCGACGCGAUGCCGGAGUUACCGCUUGUUGUAGCGCGUUGCUCCCCCACGACAAAGGUUCGCAUGAUCGAGGCUUUGCAUCGCCGUGGACGCUACGUUGCCAUGACUGGUGAUGGAGUCAAUGACAGUCCUAGCUUGAAGCACGCUGAUGUCGGUAUUGCGAUGGGUCUCAACGGCUCGGAUGUUGCAAAAGAGUCUUCUGAUAUCAUCUUGACCGACGACAACUUUGCCUCUAUCCUUAAUGCUAUUGAAGAGGGCCGCCGGAUUUUCGACAACAUCCAAAAGUUCAUCCUUCAUGUCCUUGCUGCCAAUGUCGCUUUCGUCACCUGCCUUCUGGUAGGGUUGUCCUUCAAAGAUGACAGCGGUGUAUCUAUCUUUGUCUUGACACCUGUUGAGAUUAUUUGGAUGUUGCUUGUUGCUGGAGCGUUUACGGAGACUGGCCUUGGGUUUGAGCAAGCGAGUCCUGAUAUUCUUCGUCGACCACCUCAAAGCCUCAAGUAUGGUGUUUUCACCCCAGAGUUCCUAGUUGACCUCGUGGUCUAUGGUAUCCUCAUGCUAAUCAGCAUCCUUGGUUCUUCAGUCAUCGUUCUAUACGGCUUCAACGACCAAGGCUUGGGACAUGACUGCAACAGCGAAUACUCUGCCUCCUGCGACACAGUAUUUACAGCCAGAUCAACAGCUUUCACCACAAUGACAUGGGACUUUCUACUCUUUGCUUGGCAACUCGUUGACUUCCGUCGCUCAUUCUUUGCUGAGAUCUUCGAAAAGGGUGGCAGUUUUAAGGCCUGGACAAAGCGUCUCUGGAAGAAUCCCUUCCUCUUUUGGUCUGUCACUUUGAGUACUGUUCUCAUUCCACCAACACUCUACAUCCCUGUCAUCAACCAUGUUGUCUUUAUGCACAAUCCCAUCACUUGGGAAUGGGCAGUUAUCUUUAUUGCAGUUGGUGUUUUCUUUGCUGGGGCGGAGGGUUAUAAAUGGGCUAAGCGUGUUUAUUUCCGACGUACGGUGGCGAAGGAGUUUCGAAAGGAUAUCACCGAUGUUGAGCUUUAUGCUUUUGGCCGGUACAUGGAUGGUUCAGAGGAUGGUAGCGAGUCGAACUGCGAUGUUGACAAGAAGUGUUAG